AUGUGCUACCUAAAUGUCGCUUUACAUAGAGUUUGCCGUCUUAUCCUAUUUUACCUAGUGGAAGUAAUGGCUAACGAAACACAGUAUUUUGAAUUAGCAGAAGACUUUGUUAGUAUUCAACAUCCUUCAACGUCUUCGAAUAAGGAAGAAUCAAAACAGUAUAGAGAAACUGAACAAUAUAAUUCUGUUACCAAUAUAACUAUUGGACAUAAAAGUGGUACAAGAGAUUUUGACGAAAGUAUCGAUAUAGAAUAUGUUGUACAACAAAACCAAGAACAACAAGAAAUAAUUUGUGAUUUGAGGAAACAAUUGUCUCAUAUUAAUGACGUCCAAAAAUCAUCGGAAUCAACUUUAAUGGAGCUUGCGGAGAAACUAUCUUCGAAGCAAUACAAAGUUGCAAACGAAAAUUUGCGAGAAUUAAAAACUCGUUACCGUAAUUUGGUAACACAGGAGAAAUAUGUUAGGGAAAUGUUGAAAAUUGAGACUGAUAAAGCUAACAAAUAUAAAGAUGAGGUGGAAAAAAAGAGAAACCAGUUAAUGGAAGCAUCUGAGACAAUUUCUAAACUUAAGAAUAAAACUGAGGAAUUAAAACACAAGCUUAAGAUAAGUGAAAGGAACAGUGAAAAUAGUGAGAUUGAACAAUGUAGGCAAGAGAUUAGUAAACUAAACACCGAGAUUGCGAGGACCAAUCGAAUUCUUAAAAUUCGUGAAUCCGAAAUGGCUAAUUUGCAAAAACAUUAUAUAGAUACAGAAAAUGAGUUAAGUUCGCACAUAGAAGAACUUCAAAAAGCUUUAGAAGAUACACAGAAAAAAUAUAGGAAUCAUUUGGAUGAGUGUUUAUCUUCUGAAAACCAUAGUAGGGGAAUUGAGAACAGUGAAUAUAUGGAGAAAUUACAACAGGAGAUCGGCUCACUUAAAACGACGAACGUUUAUCUUGAAAAAGAGAAAGUUCAGUUGUGUGAAGAUUUGGAGAAAAUUAAGAUUGAAUUAAAUUUGUGCCGUGAUGAUGUGAAGGGUUUAGUAAAUGAAAAAAACAGUUUAAUGGAAAAAAUGGAAAAUAUUCAAGGUGAUCAUCAAUUAACUAGUCAAUUUUUGAAUGAACAAAAUGAAAAACUACGGGAAUCAAAGGCUAAGAUACGUUGUGAUUUAGUACUUUUAAAAAGAGAACACCAAGCUUUGGUAGAGGAGCACAAAGGAUGUGUCGAAUACAAGGUUAUGACAGAAGAUUUAAAAGAUCGUGUAGAAAGUAUUGAAGGUGAGAACAAGAAUUUGGAAAAUGAACUGGAACGUCUUAAGAACGAAAAUGAAAGUUUGAAGAAAGAGAUUGGGAACAAAGAGCGUUCUGUGUCUGAAAUUCAGGCAAAAUAUGACGCCCUUUCUACAACAAUGCAAACAAUUGAAAAGGAGGACAUGUCUCAGAAGGAAGAACUUAAGAAAGAGAUAUUGAAGUUACGCCAAGAAUUAACAUUGAAUGAGGAUACAUUAAAAACUUUGGAUGAUCAAUGUGAUUCUUUGGCUAAAGCUAACAAAACUUUGAAAGAAUCGAGAAAAGCAAAAAGUGAAGAAAUAAUGAAUUUAAAAAAUGAAGUUGAGUUGUGGAAGCACAAAGAGGCAAUGUUUAACGACUUGAAGAUAGAAAAGAUUAAAUUAGAAAAAAAAGUUGAAUUUUUAGAAGAAGAGUUGCGCGAGACAACUGAAGAUUACAAAAACGAAAUAAGAGAUCUUGCUGCUAGUUUACAGAAUGCCAAACUUCGUGAAAAUUCUGAAUCAACUGUUGAGAUGAAAGAUCGUUUGGAUAAAUUAGAGAGAGAAAGGGUUCAACAUGAAAGCCAAGUCAGAUGUCUUCAAAGACAAGUUGAAAAUUUUAAGAAAGAAUUGAAAGAUAGAGAGGAUGAAUUAGCAGCUAAAAAAGAUGUUCAGAUGAAAUACACUGAAGAACAUGAGGAAGUUUUGAAUGGGCUAAAGAUUGCUGUAGAAAAAUGUGAGAAAUACAAGAAUGACAAUGAAACUCUUAAAGAUCUUUUACAAAGCAAAGAGUCUACGGUAAAGAAUUUUACUGAUAAACAAAAUGAACUUGAAAGCGAGAUAUUUGAACUUAAAGAAGAUAUUGAACAGAAAGACAAGUUGAUUGUCUAUCUCCAAAGUCAAAUACAAAUUAAGCAAUUACCAAAAUUAAAGUAUAACCCAAGUAGUGCAACUUUAAUUUCAAAUCCUGAAAUCGAUUCUUAUGACAGCAAAACUAAAGAAAAUUAUGGCACAACAAAUAUCAAUUUUAAGAAUUGCCGAACUAAAUCACAAGUUCUUUCUGAUUAUUCAGGAGGAAAGAAUGUUCAACAAGCCAUGUCCAAAUCUUAUACAUAUAAUGAAGAAGUCUUUUCAGAUGAAAAACCAUUUGUAACUCUUACACCUUCCAAAAUACCUAAAGAUGAGAAAUUUAGUGAGGAGACCACUAAUAAACCAUUGGAAAAAUCAGUUGGAACAAUGCGACAUAAUAUUCCUCAUCGUUGGAAGUUGUUUUUUGCAAUUAAACAGACUAAGUGUGAUCAUUGUGGUGAGGGACUUUCACGUUUGCGUUAUGCUAACAGAUGUACAGAAUGUGGAAGUAAUGUUCAUGUAAAAUGUUCACGAAAAAUGCCAAAUACUUGUGGUCUACCUUCUGAUUGUGCCAAGUUUUAUAUGGAUACAAAGAAUGGAAAUGGCAUGGUUGGUUGGGUUAAACUUUUGGUGUCUACAAAUGGAGGUAAACAUGAAAAAUGGGAGAAAUAUUUUGCAAAAUUAAAACAUGGUGUUAUUAGAUUUUUUGAUGAAGAAAAUUUGGCUUACAAUAAUGAUGAGGCUCAUCUGGUUGUUGAUUUAUUGAGAGAACAGUGGAAAUUCUACCAACAAACUGGACAGGCAAUAAAUGGUGUUGAAAAUGAGGCAAUGAAACGUCUAAUUGAAAUAAGGUUGUCCGGUUUUAAUAUCUAUAUGCUUUUGCCGACUGAACAAGCCAAACAAAGAUGGUUAAAAGCGUUACAUAAUGUAAGUAAUCGUCAACAAGUACAACGAAAACAGAAAUCUGGUGGUAGCGAUGUUCAAAUGUUAUUAUGUCUUGAUUCUCCACAAAAUCUUGCAAUUAAUGCAACACUCAUUUUUGAUGAUUAUUUAGUAAUUGGUGCUAAUGAAGGUCUAUUUGUAACUCAACUUCAAAAUGGUCGUUUACCUUUUUCAAUUGCCGGAGUGACGUCUGUUCAAGUUAUGGAAGUGAUACCUGAAUUAAAUAUGUUGAUUAUUAUUUGUGGUCAGCACAAACAAUUAUCGAUAGUUCAUCUUAAUCAACUUCGCAAUGCUUUCAUUAAUCCAAGAAAUGGUGUAAAUCCAACACCAGUUUGUAAUUUGCGAAACUGUCAUAUAAUGGUAGUUUCCCCAUUAAAUCACAAUACUAAUAGACAUCUUUAUGUUGCCACAAUGGAUGCAAUUCACAUUUUACAACAUAAUAAAAAAUUAGAUAUGUUUAAUAUAAUAAAAGUUAUUAGAACUAGGGAGCCAUGUAAUUCAAUAUUAAGUAUUCCAGGUGGAUUUGUUUACGCUGCUGAUACAUUUCAUUUUGUUGAUAAUGUUGAUUAUUCUGAAAAAACAUUAGAUGUGGUAGACUAUGUUGAAGAUUAUCCUCUUGAAGCCUUAUUUGUAGGUGAUGAUGAAAUUUUGUUAGCAUUUCAUAAUUAUGGUUUAUUUGUCAAUACAAAAGGUCAAAGAACUAGAGCUUCAAAUGUGGAAUGGCCACAAGUUCCAUUAUGUUUCGUUUAUUGUAAUAAUUAUUUAUUCAUUGCUCAUUAUGAAUCGCUUGAAAUUUUUAAAAUUACUCCUGCUACAAAUUUUGAUGAUACAACACAACCAAUUGUUAAAUAUAUUGAGGAAUAUAAAUGUUCAAACGUGCAAUUUACUGGAUAUGGUAAAACGAAAAAAGAGGUUCUAUUUUCUUUGUCUUCGGAUGUUCGCGUAGAAGUACAUAAAUUUACUUGUAACAAUAUUUAA